CAAACAAAAAAAAGUGGUGGCUCCCAUCCCCACUUUCAUAGAAACGGUGUUCACAUUCCCUGUUAUUCUCUAUAAAAUUCCGGCUCUGGGAUUGCAAAUGAAGACCACUACUCUCACAUCCUCUCCUCUCAGACGGUUGUGUAUUAUUAUAGGACCAUCCCAUAAUUUUGUUCUGGGUAUAUAUGGCACCACCACCCACCACAUCUUUAACGUUCACAGUGAGGAGGCAGAAGCCUGAGCUGGUCGCUCCAGCAAAGGCCACACCUCAUGAGUGCAAACUGCUUUCUGACAUCGAUGAUCAGGAAGGUCUUCGGUUUCAGAUCCCAGUCAUACAGUUCUAUGGGAAUAUAGGAACGGGAGGAAGAGGCAGAGACCCCGUGAAGGUCAUCAGAGAAGCUCUUGCCAAAACCCUCGUUUUCUACUACCCAUUUGCUGGUCGUCUUAGGGAAGGUCCUGCCCGGAAGCUUAUGGUAGACUGUACCGGUGAGGGUGUCAUGUUCAUUGAAGCUGAUGCCGACGUCACCCUCGACCAGUUCGGCGAUGCCCUUCAACCUCCGUUCCCCUGCUUGGAGGAGCUUCUCUACGAUGUUCCCGGCUCCGGAGGGGUCCUUAACUGCCCUUUGUUGCUUAUUCAGGUGACGCGUCUCAUGUGUGGGGGUUUCAUAUUCGCACUACGUCUGAAUCAUACCAUGAGUGAUGCAGCCGGACUAGUCCAAUUCAUGGCGGCCCUGGGUGAAAUGGCACGAGGUGCUCCUGCCCCCUCGGUGCAGCCACUAUGGCGGAGGGAGUUGCUAAAUGCUAGGGAGCCUCCCCGCGUGACAUGCACUCACCACGAGUAUGAUCAAGUCCUGGACACCGAGGGGACCAUUAUUCCUUUGGACGACAUGGCCCACAACUCUUUCUUCUUUGGGCCCACUCAAGUGUCGGCUCUUCGUAGGUUCGUCCCUCCCCACCUACAGGGGCAGGGCAAAUGUUCCACCUUUGAAUUGCUAACGGCCUGCUUGUGGCGUUGCCGCACCAUCGCCCUUCAGCCAGACCCAGAGGAGAAGGUGCGUAUCCUUUGCAUCGUCAAUGCUCGUGCCAAAUUCGACCCUUCCCUACCCAACGGUUACUACGGCAAUGCCUUCGCAUUCCCGGUGGCCAUCUCCACUGCCGAGAAGCUGUGCAACAACCCCUUGGGGUAUGCCCUGGAACUUGUCAUGAAAGCCAAGGCUGAUGUCACCGAGGAGUAUAUGCGAUCAGUGGCCGACUUGAUGGUGAUCAGAGGACGACCCCACUUUACGGUGGUGCGAACUUUCCUGGUAUCGGACGUUACUCGUGCUGGAUUUGGAGAUGUGGACUUCGGGUGGGGCAAAGCGGCCUACGGUGGUCCAGCCAAGGGUGGUGUUGGUGCCAUCCCUGGGGUGGCCAGCUUUUACAUACCUUUUACAAACAGCAAGGGCGAGAAUGGGAUUGUAGUGCCCAUUUGCUUGCCUGCACCUGCCAUGGAAAUUUUUGUGAAGGAACUUGAGAGGAUGCUAAAAGAUGAUCAAAACGUGACUCAUAAUCGUAAGACCUCCUCCUUCAUCACGUCCGCGUUGUAAUUUAAUCAGUGACCGACAGUGUUUUUUUCUUUGUGUGUUGGUGGGGGGAUUUGUUUUAGAUUGAAUUGAAUUGUAGAAAAAAUAAAACGAACUUGUGAUGCAUGUUUCUCCUAUAUAGUGUUUUCAAGGUUCGCCUGUUUUAUCCAUGUUCUUCAUAUUUUACAGGUUUGAUUUGAUACCCAUCAUCUGCUCGCUUACUUUGCUUGCCACCUAUUUCUAUUGUCUUUGUAUUGUGCAUCACAUUGGGUGUUUAAAUUUUUGUUUGAUUGUAAUUUUUUAUCCUAUUUGACC